UAUUUAUUAUCUCCAUGGAGGUGGUGCCAGGCGCCUCUGAAUUGCCGCUGCCCGAAUCGUUUCUCGAAUUUCUGAAUCAAAACGGCUUGGAUCCUUCAAUUUAUGCCGCCUCUCACUCCACCCCUCGUUACAUUAGGUUAAAACCAGGAUAUAAACUCGAGAGGGAAGAAAUUGAAGAUGAGAUUAAGUGUAGACUUGAAGAAGUUUAUUGGCUGCCUGAUUUUUACUAUCUUCCGCCUGAUGUUCGAAUCGCAAGCACAAAGGCGUAUCAGGAAGGAAAGAUAUAUGGCAUAGAUGCAGCUUCAGGAGCUGCGGUUUUAGCUUUGGAUGUUUCACCGGGUGAUCACGUCCUUGAUCUUUGUGCAGCUCCUGGUGCUAAGCUAUGUAUGAUACUGGACCUUCUUGGCUGUUCAGGUUCUGUGACUGGUGUUGAUAUUGCUAGGCAUCGGCUAGCAGCUGCAAGAACUAUGCUGCAGAAAUAUGCUAUUGGUGACCAAUGCCGUCUCUUUGUUGCUGAUGGAACGACAUUCUCCCUUACUCCACUCAGGGUUCAGUCGAAUUCUACAUCAUCCAAUACUGAGGUGGGAGAAAAGACUGAGGUAUACAACAAGUGGACUCCUCAGAGACCAUGGAAAGAACGGAAGAGGAUAGCUAAAGCUUCUAAAACGUUUUCACAAAUUCAAGAACCAGAACUUAUAUUUUAUGGGCAACAUUCUGGGGUGGUUGGUUCGAGCAAACAUAAUGUGUACAGAAAAGUAAACGACGAAGAAAUUUCGCAAUUUGGCUAUGACAAGGUCCUUGUGGAUGCAGAAUGCACUCAUGAUGGCUCGAUAAAACACAUUCAGAAAUAUGAGCAAUGGGGUUGGACAACACUUCAACGUCGUGUACUGGAGGCUGAGAGGACUGAUGAUUUGACUGUUCUUCAGUUAAAAUUGCUAACCAACGGAUUUAGAUUGCUUAAAGUUGGAGGAUCACUUGUCUACAGCACGUGCAGUUUGACCGUUGCUCAGAAUGAAGAUGUGAUAGAACGUUUCCUCUCAGAAUGUGCAUCCGCUAAGUUGCAGGAGAUGGAUGCUGCAAAGAAUUGGCCUUGUAAACAAGCUAGGCUAGCAAAUGCUUUACGUUUCGAUCCGGUGACUUCAUCAACAAGUGGACUUUUUGUUGCCAAGUUCACCAAAUUGUUGUCUUGAUAUUUCCUCAAAGCUAAGUUUUGAGGAAGAAUAAUUUUUACAUCCUUGCACCUGUAAUUUUUCAGUAUUAGAUGAGUUCUACAUUUUAUGUAUUUAAAAUUAAAUUUGUUUUCUGCCUUGACUGAAGUUAUGCUUUUAUUUGUUCUCUUUUGUAGGAGUAAAAUUUUACACCCAUGUACCUGUAAUUUGUUAUUAGAUGAGUCCCAUAUUUUUAUUUUUAAGUUAAA